CUUCAGUUAUAAUCCACCCACUCCAAGCUGAUUCUUUAAAUCACAGUCCAGUUUCAACGCUGCGACUAUUCCAAUGGAUCGCCAACCAACGAACCCCAGAGAUCAAGGUACCCCAUCAAGUUCCUUAACAAAGCCCCAGCAAGAAGAUUCCACCAGGGAUGAAUGGCCCAUCUUUUUUCAUCUGCCAAAUGCUGUGAAUGGAGAAUUUUGUCAGUGGUUUCCUUCCAUUUUCACAGUUAGCACCUCUCAAAUUGCCUCGCUCAUCGAUGACUCUGACGGCGCCGACGACAACCCCAGCACAGACGAACACAUAACCUUCUCCUGCGCCGAGCAAUUUAUGAUGUACUGCAAAGCCGGUCGCUUCCACGACACGGAUACCCAAAGGCGCGUCCUCGCGACCGACAGCCCCAAAGAGCAGAAGCAUCUCGGCAGGCAGGUAAACGGGUUUUACGACGCGCGAUGGGAUGAGGUAAAAAGCGACGUGGUUGUUGCUGGGAGCAUCGCAAAGUUCUCCCGAAACCGGAAGCUGAGGGGCAAGUUGCUCGCCACUGGCGAUCGCUUGCUCGUUGAGGCGUCGUCGCAAGAUCCCGUUUGGGGAAUCGGAUACUCGGCGAAGCAUGCUAUGGCGCACCAGAAACACUGGGGAGAGAACAGACUGGGGAAAGCGCUUAUGGUGGCCAGAGAUCACAUACGCUUGAAUGAGCCGGUGGAUAAGAAGAGAUAGGGUUGUAUAAUCCGAGUUGAAGGUAUUGCUUCGAUCACUUAUUACGGCACCUACGGGAGAGGCAAGAACGCUAAACAGAAUGCGCGGUAUGAAACGGUAAACGUUUUGCAUAUACCUCAAAUGCAUCGGAAAGACCGUCUAUAUAUUGUCCAAUGGACUGAGACAGGGCCGUGUAUGUGGCGUUAGAAACUUUGGGGUCCAUGCCAGUCCUUGCGUUUGAGACACUGCGGCUACCCGGGCCGCGACAAGACAUAUGCAGAGCAUGCCAUAAAUUUCGAGACGUCGUUGAUGACAUAUAGCAUCAGAUAUUCGAUGCCAACAGGAAGUCUAGCAUUUGUAUUUGUUGGGGGUGGGCCGCGUUGAGGCCAAGUCUCGCCGUGUCAAAUGGGCAAUGGCUGUAGGAGGACCUCUCCAGUCUCCAGGGCUGCAGGGUGUCGUAUGAUGUUACUAGAGUUCCCCAUUUUUGGGGGGGGGUUCCGAGUAAUGUUUAAGUGUUUUGAUAUCUUGUGCAUUGCCGUCAUGAAUACAGUACGUGAUUGCUUGUGAUUUUAAAUUUGGCGGGCCGAGGGUCAUUGGAUGGUUGAUUUGAUUGUUGGAUAACAAAUAUCAUCCCUUUUUGUCCCCCAAAUUCCAUUUCUAUGGCCACAGCCCUUGUACUAGUGGGGUUAAAUUCCUUAUUGAGUUGUAUUCGUUUAAUUUUGGUUAUAAAAGCAAUGCGUGCUAACC